AUGGUCAGUAUGGCAGGAAUGGAAGAUCACGAGCGAAAAAUUGUCAUCGAGUUUUGUCAUUUGUUGGAAAAAUCAAAACAACUUUUCAACGGAUUGAGGGAUUUACCACAGUACGGUCACAAUCAGUGGCAAGCAUAUUUUGGAAGGACGUUCGACAUAUAUACGAAACUGUGGAAAUUCCAACAGCAGCACAGGCUAAUAUUAGAUUCUAAAUACGGUUUGAAAAGAUGGCAAAUAGGAGAAAUAGCAUCUAAAAUAGGACAGCUUUAUUAUCAUUAUUAUUUGAGAACUAGCGAAACAAAUUAUUUAAACGAAGCAUAUUCAUUUUAUGCCGCCAUUAGAGGAAGAGCAUAUUAUUCAAGAGCCGCAAAAGAAGAUCGAUCCGAUUUAAUGGUUAAAAAAUUACGAUAUUAUGCUAGAUUCAUUGUCGUUUGUUUGUUGCUCAAAAAAAUGAAACUCGUUAGAGAUUUAGUCAUGGAAUUGGAUAAGCAAAUAGCCGAUUAUACAAGCACAUACGAACCUGAUGAUCAACUCGAAUGGACUCUCGUUUUAGACGAAAUCAAAUCGUUUAUAAAAGCUGACGGUUUGGUGAGCGUUCUUCAUUCGGAUUCGAACGCCAUCGUUUUAUCACACAGAUUGAGUCCCAUGACGACUCCUCCCGUCGAAAGAUCAUCGAUUAUGAAUUUAACACUGCAAGAAAUAUUAAUCAUUGGAAAUUCUGCCGAUCAGGUAAAAUUUAGCGAGUUAACGAUGGACAUGUUUCGAAUGCUUCAAACUCUCGAACGUGAACCACAAGAAGAUUUCAAUCACAUUUACGACGCGACACCAGCACCCGGAAGAAUUUCAUUCGAAAAAAAUUAUUCGAUGUCGAGUAACAAAAGCGGUGGAGGAAUGUAUCAAAAUCAAAUGGGUUUGUGUCACGAAAAUGGCGAGAGACCGGCGAAAAGAGAAAAUCCUCAUAAAUAUUUAUUGUACAAACCGACUUUUAGUCAAGUCAUGGUAUUUCUAGCUUCAGGUUUCAAAGAACUUCCAGCCAACGGUGCACUACUCAUGUACAUUUCCGCCGAUGGAUGUUUUACACAAUCUAAACAUCACGAAGACGUCGGUUACGACAUGGGAGGAGUUAUAAUGAGUAGUAAAAAAGAACCGAUAGAUCAUUCGAAUAAGAAAACACAAUUUAGAGAAACUCAUUGCUUGUAUCCGGGUGACCUGUAUCCGUUUACGAGAAAACCAUUUUUUUUCAUCAUCGAUUCGGACAAUAGUUUUGUUUUUCAACAUUUUCCAAGAUAUUUUGGACAGCCUUUGGUCAUAUUGAUGUCACCCCAAGACAUUCCACAACCGUUUCAAGAUCAUCAACAACACGGAAGUUUAUUCACGUUAUUUCUUCACAGUCCACUGACUGCCUUUUGUUACAUAUGUAACAUAUUAGAUAUAUCUAUUAACCUUUGGGAAAGGUGUCAGUCUUACAUAGAUAAAUUUAUAACGGAAGCAAGCAGAUUGUUUACAAGGUGUCGAAUAGAUAAUAGUUACAUACAAUUUUUCGGAGAUGAUUUUUUAAGACUGCUGAUGUUGAGAUACAUAUUUUGUUACAUGGUAUUAAAUUUGCACAGAGGAUUUAAAGGAAGACAAUUUCGUCCUCGUUCUCAACCUCCUCUUCCGGAUGGGGAUUUGUUAGAACAUCCGACUCUUCAACACAUAAUAUUCGAUUUAGCAUCGCAUUUGGAAGUGAGAAAUCAUUUUUUAGAUUCCCAAGAAAUGGACUGA